AAGCGCAGCGAAGGCGUGGCAAAGCCCCGGCGUCCUGGGCGGCGGGCGCCAUGGAACCGCAGUUGGGGUUGCAUGAACUGUUGCAUGUCUUUUCCUUCUUGGAGGCUCGCGACCUGCUCUGCGCCGCCCAAGUGGACAAGGUCUGGAAUGAGGCUUCAAGGACCAAGGAACUGUGGAGGCAGCUGUGUCUGAGACGCUGGUCCUCCUGUAAAGCCUCCCAGAUGACCCUGGGCACACAGACAUGGAAACAGUACUAUCUCCGCCGAUCUGAGCUCGAGUUCCGAAUGGCAUCUGGGCGGCCAGAGGACUUUACCUGCAGAGCCCUUGCUGGGCAUAAAGGAGAGAUAGAUGAUCUGGCCUACAUCUCAACCAGCGAGUACCGGUUUGAUGGUCAGGACAAGUCCGUGGUGUGCACCGUGUCCUCAGAUGGCACCGUGCGUGCCUGGGAUCUGCAUGAGGGUGUGGAGCUCUGGUCGAGCCCUGUUCAGUCUGCUGCUCUGGUGAAUCUGGUGACCUACCCUCGACUGCAACUGGUUGUCACUGUGGAUGAGCGGGGACUGAUCAAAGUAUGGGAAGCAGAGAAUGGGUGUGAGCAAGCCGCCUUCUUGCUGCCCAUGUAUUCAUCCACAUUGGAGGCCUGUGACAUUCCAGAGGGUCCCCUCUUGCUGGCCGCCUGUGCUGAAGGGGCACUCUACACACUUACGGUGCCCUGGCUGCAGCUGCUCUCCAGAGUCAACGUGUUUCCUGGCAACCCCACCAGUCUCCUCUGCUCACCUGACCGGCAGUGGGUGUUAGCGUCCACCCAGAACUCAGACCUGAGCCCGGAGGUGUUCUAUACUCAAUCCUUGCUGUGCCGGUCGGAAGAUGAGACUCCUGCCUCCACCACUCUCCCCAUCUGGCUGACGUCCAGAGCCUGCUGGGCCCCCGACGAGGCAGCCAGGCUGAUGGUGAUGCACAGAAAUGACAGCGGCAUGCAGUUGGUCAUCACCACCUACGAGCUAGGGACCAGGAAGUCCAGGGAUAGAGUGGAGAUUCUUGUACGACAGAUUGCGAGCUUCCUGCUGCCAGACACCAUGAUGCCUCCUCACCUCAUGAAGGGCCACGGCUCCCAGGUGAUCCUGCUGGUGUCCGGCUCAGAGCUGGUGCUCUUCACCAUUCACGGCCUGCAGCUGGUGGCCUUUCAGGACCACCAGAGGCCCAUCACGUCCAUGUGGGUGGACCAGACUCGAGUCAUCACCUCUUCCUUUGACCUCUCCCUGCGAGUCUACAUGUGGAACAAGGAAAAUAAAUUUCCUGUCCUCAAGAGCUGCUAUCAUUUGCUUGGUGGGUCCCACAGAUGGGCCAGUGGAUUCACUCAUGUGGAGAGUGACAGUAUGAGCAUUGUAGGCGUGGAAGCCAGAAACAUCGGAACUAGUAUUCUGAGGUCAUAUUACUUCCAAGUGCAGUGUGGCUAAGAGGACUGCAUCAGCUGGUGAUUGUCACCACAGUUGGCGAGGGGCUUGUCUGCAUUCAGGGACUAAAGUAAUUACUGUAUCAACAUCGGGAAAAGAAGGAAUGAUUCUCAAAUACCUACUGUGGGCCACACAAGUGUGUGAGGUGAUUUUAUUUUUAAAUCCUCAGCAGAAGCCAAUGAAGUGUAUAUAUUACUGUCUGUAUUUUUCAAAGAAGUUGAAAUGUAGUAGAAGAGUAGUAACCCACUGUUAGUCCAUUUUCCAGCUAUCAAACAAACUGUCCAAGGUUAUUCAAACAGUAAGUAGCCAAGAAGCAUGAAUGCAAGGCCUUGGGUGCUAGAGAACCCAGGUUUAAAGUACUCAGAUUGCAAUAUAAUUGUUUUUUGUUGUCCAAAUAUGUAAUUAAUGAAGUAAAUUUUUUUUUAUCUUCGUAGUCUGUGUUACGUGCUUUAGACACACAUUAAUAAAUAGCUCUGGAUGUCCUACAGA